GGAGAGAUGAGCAUCACCUUACAAGAUAUUGAGGUGAUGCUAGGGGUUCCUGUUGAUGGGUUGCCAAUUACUGGGGCUGUGAAGAUGGAGUGGCCUACGUUGUGUCUUGAGUUAUUGGGUCAUCGUCCACCAGACCCGAUACCGCAUCCCCAUGAGAACACCUCUAUCCUUGCUGGGGCGAGGCUCAGAUUCACGUGGCUGGAUGCACUAUUUAGUGGUCCCCUAGCUGCGGAUGCUACUGAUGAGGUAGUGCAGCAACAUGCGCGCUAUCACAUACUCGAUCGGUUGGGGACGAUUUUGUUUAUGGAUAAGUCGGCAGACCGGGUGUCGGUGCUGCCUCUACAGUUCCUAAACCCAAUCAGCAACGCGAAGAGGUACAGUUGGGGUAGUGGGGCAUUAGCCUGGUUGUACAGGCACUUAUGCAAGGCAUCGGAGUCGAAGGCGAAGCAGAUUGGAGGAGCAGUGAUGUUGGUGCAGCUGUGGGCGUAUUCGAGGUUCCCACUGAUAUGCCCUGUUAUGAGGUUGCCACUACCGCCAGUGGAGGCAGGUCCCUUUGCCAAUCGAUGGAAGGGGCCGAAGAGCACGACAGAGCAUGCGACACAUGUGCUAGUUGCGUAUCGUGCGUCACUGUCGAGUAUACGGGCACACCAGCUGCAUCCUGAAUUAGCUAGACUUUGUGAAACAAUUAAAAUUUUGAAUGCUACUGCAACUCUAGGCUUAUGUCGACACUGCCUUAACAAGUCAAACAUGGUGGUCAAGUUGCAGAACCUUGACUUGAUAGAAAGGAAAAUGAGUCAGAACAAAAAGCGAGUAAAAUUCAUCAAGAACAAGACAGGAUAG